AUGCCAUUAUUUGGCAUUCCUCGGACCUUGGAAGGAGUGUACCCCGAUACCCUUAGUGCUCCUGUCUAUCGUGCGAGAUCUUCAUUCGAAGCAGGCCCGCACGAAUUCUUGAGGGACUGCUAUGUCUUGCAACGCGAGGGGCGCGUUGAACUCGACGGUCAUCUGCAUAUGGUAGUGACGCCUCCCUCCAGCUGGGACAGCAAUGAGGAGGACCUGCCUUUCCAACUACGGUUAGGCAUGACCGUCUCUGCGAUUACGCCGACCAUAUUCCAGUCUCCUGAUUCAUCUAACUAUCGCAAAACACAAGAAGUGCAAGAAAGCCAACGAUGUGCCCUUGCCCGUGUUUUCCGAAGCCCUGCGCCGCCGGCGUCAUAUCAUGGCUCGACUGACAUUCCUUUCUUCCUGUCUAUUUUGGGUCCAGCACCUGCUAUAGAUUCACGGACCGUCGACAAAGCGGCCCAGCCCGAAUCCCUAGUACCUACCUUGCUUCCGUUCCAGCGACGUACUCUGGUUUGGAUGCUUGGUAGAGAGGGUAAAAUGAUCAAUGGUACUGGACGCGUCGUCCCAAAGUCCAAUGCUAAGUCUGAGCGAGAACUUCCAAUAUUCUGGGAGAAAGUGGAAAUAGAGCCUCACGCAGAACCUUGGUAUUUCCGUCGGCUAACAGGCUCCCUAUCUACGGAGUUUCCAGACGAAGAUGAGCCUUUUGGCGGUAUCCUCGCGGAGGAGCCGGGACUUGGAAAGACCGUAGAGUGCAUCGGAUUAAUCCUACUGAAUCCAGCCUUACCCGAUAGAAAGCCCACUAAUAUGUGGUGGAAUGACGAGGCGAAGAUCAACGUGAAAGAAGUGAAGACUACCCUUAUUGUAACACCUGCUUCAUUAGCACCACAAUGGAUUGAUGAGUUAGCACGUCACGCACCCUACUUGAAAGUAACGACAUACGACGGUUGGGCAAAGUUGAAGAUUCCUGUAACUGAAGCUGAAGCUGCGCAAGCGAGGAAAGAUGCGUCGGCGAAAGCUCGCCAAGGCAAGAAGAAGACGGGAAAGAAGAAGAAAAGCAAUACAGACAUGGACGUGGACGAGGCCAACGCCGAAGACGAAAUAGUAGACUGGGUACAAUACGUCAACAAGUUCGACGUUGUUAUCACAACGUACAAUGUUUUGCAGCAAGACCUGACGGUCGCUCGACCACCACCGACGAGACCUCGGCGAGAAAUUGCGACUUACUCCAAUAUCGAACGUUCAAGGAGCCCGUUGAUCAUGUGUGAGUGGUACAGAGUGAUCAUGGACGAGGUCCAGAUGGUCGGCGGUGGAAAGACAGAGGAGAUGGUCUCCUUGAUUCCGCGCUUGUCCUCGUGGGCUGUUUCCGGUACCCCCGCUCGUGCACAAGUAUCCGACUUAGCUCAUGUGCUGAAUUUCCUGCGAGUUGACGCUGCUGUGGCAUCCUCGCGCAUAUGGAAUACGCUAUUACUUCCAGGCUAUGCGCACGAGUUCACGUCUUUGUUCCGUCGUUAUGCUGUCAGGACGACCAAAGCCGCUGUGCAAGCGGAAUUGACGAUUCCUCAACAGACGCGAUACUUGGUUCCCAUAGAGCUGGGCCGGGUUGAAAGAACAGUGUAUGAUCAGACGUUACAGCAAGCGCUCGAUGAACUUGGUCUUGAUAGUCGUGGAGUCGCUGCUUCCGAGGGCUGGCAGGUAGAACCUGGUCUCCUACGUUCAUGGCUGCGGAAGCUCCGAGGUAUAUGUACACAUCCUCAGGUCGGCCAGCUGCAGACUACUCGCGACAAGUUGAGCAAGCCUGGGGCGUUGAAGACCAUGGCAGAAGUACUUGAGGGCAUGAGAGAUCAAAACUGGCGGACUUUGAUGGACAACCGCAAAGCAAAGGCACGUUCUAUGGCACAGACUGUGCUUCCUCAGCUGCAGCAACAUGAAGAAGGCAAUAGCACUCGUUAUCGAGAGGCAUUAGACACCCUUCUGGCAGCGCAGCAGGAAGCGCAUGAACUAGUCGAGGACAUGAAAGCUGCUAUUGCGGCUCACGAUGCGAAAGGCGCUCUACUAAAGGAGGAAGUACUUUUACGUGACGGCGAGGGCGAACGUGGCUCUUCAGAGCAAGCUGAGGCCGCUGAUGCUGAUGCAUCAACAAGCAAGGGCGAGGCGAGGGAUCGGGAGGGUUCCCGGACGGGUCUCGAGGAUCUCGAUGAUGAUGAUCUGCCCCGCAACGCUGCUGGUGAGGAACACGCCGCAAAAAGACGUGGUCUCCAGCAUAGGUUGCGAGAAUGCCUAUUAGCGCUCCAUCGCGUUAAGUUCUUGUUGGGAGAUAUGUAUCAUGUCCUUGGCCAGUCAUAUUCUGCACCAGAAGAUGCUGCGUACGCCGAAGCCGAGGCUAUUAGGCGCAAUCUCUUGAGAAAUACUGAGGAAGCAGCUAGUCGCGCCAUGGAUCAAUUGGCCCUAGACAAUGCCGACAAGGGAGUCAAGGUUGAGACUUUGAUGGUCCCUGUACCAUAUCUUGGUCAGGGAGGGAUUCGUUCGUCUGAAUUAAUGAAUGAAGCCAAUAAAAUCAUAGGUGACCUACUAAAUGAGCAGACGCAGCUGCUCUGGAUGUGGAGAGCUAGGAUCUACACUUUACUCACUCAGAAACUUUCGGGCAGCGACGAGGCCACCGGGCAGGAAUAUGCCCAAUCGUUGGAUGCCCAAGGGGAAGCUGAGGCAUAUCUUCAAGCGUACGCUGCACUCAUGGCCGACCGACGCGAGAGUUUAGUGGCCGAGCGGACGGUGCUCAAUCAAGAUUCUGCCAAGGAGAAGAAGACGCGAAAGACGCGAACAGCUCAAGAGGCAGCAGAGAAUGCUGAAGAUAUCGAGGAAGAUGUCGAGCUGCAACCAGAACAUGAAGUCCUACAGAAGCAGCUUUCUGAGGCUCGCAAUGCGUUAAGACAAAAGUUCACCGGGCGAGCCGUCAAAUCCGUCAUGAUUGACUUGAAUGCUGUGGUUGCUCGGAUUCCUAAGAACGAUGACCCAGAGAAGGCGCUUGCCAAGGAUGCCGCCAAGAGGUUACGCCAGCUCAUCAGUUCUCAAUUUACUUUAAUCGAGAGACUGGAGUCCGAUCUCGCCCUGUUCCGGAAAGCCUUCAACGAACGAAUCUUAUACUUCCGGCAACUACAAGAGAUCUCAGACUCCGUUGCUGAACCGACCUGGGAGGGCACAGUGCACGAUGCCCUAUGUGAAGCACGAAAUGCCGAGAAGGAACUUCGAACACCUAUUACCACGGGGAAAGCGCGUCAGCGAUAUCUCGAGCAUCUUGCCAAGAUGAGCGGGGACAAUUCGGGGUGUAAGGACGAAGAUGAUGAGGUUUGCAUCUUGUGUAGAUGCGAGUUUACUCGAGGAUAUAUCACGCAAUGCGCCCAUAUGUAUUGUGAGGGGUGCAUGAAAGCGUGGUUAGCCAGAAAGGAAGGAAAAGCUUGUCCUGUCUGCCGUGUCAUGAUCGACUUGGAUCAGUUGCAACGAUUCUCGAUAGGAACGGAUCCCAAGGACCGCCCAGCUCCCCCUCGGAUUCAGAAUGGAGAAGUUAUUCCUACCUCUCGGAGACCAAUUCGAUACAACUACAUCGACCCUGCUUUGUUCGAAGAAAUUGAGGGUAUGGAGUCGAGUGGCAGUUACGGGAGCAAGAUACAGACGCUUGUCCGGCAUGUCUUGCACAUACAAGACACAGACCCUGGCGCCAAGAGUAUAGUAUUCUCCGCCUGGGCAGAUUCCUUGCAUAUUGUUCAGCACGCACUCUUAAACAAUGGAAUCGCCUGCCUACGUAUCGAUCAGACCAAGGGACGGAAGAAUGCUGCCAAACGCUUUGCGGAUGAGCCAGAACUCCUGGUCCUGUUACUUCACGGGGAACGAGAGAAUGCUGGGCUGAAUGUUACGUGUGCCUCACGAGUAUUCAUGCUCGAAAGUGUGGUCCAUCAUGCUUUCGAGAUCCAAGCUAUUGCUCGUAUCGAUCGGAUGGGACAGACGAGGCCCACUGAGGUGUACUGCUACUAUGCUGAAGACACUGUUGAGAGGAACAUAUUAGACCUCGCUGCUCGGCAAGGGCUUUCGCUCUACACAGAAGAGAAAUGCAGGGGCGCUCUGGACCCUAACUUACUCGCCGUCGAGGACGGGAAGGUAGACAAGACCCCGACGAAACGCAAAGCACAGAAACAGAAGCAGAAAGGCGACUUCAUUUUCAAAUUGGACGACAUGUUGGCUAUAUUGUUCCCGCACAUGUUCGAAGAACUGGAAUAUCUGAUACCUCCGGAAGAUGAUCACAGCACCGCGGGGCAGCUGUCUCUUUCCAUAAAUCGGCCAUCAACCACCAAUGCUAUCGCCGGGCCUUCGAGACUGUGA